UCCACUUUGUUGCCAUACUUGGAUAGGAGAGGACCACCUUUCCAAGAUGAACCAAACCGCCACGGUAUCGCAAGUUAAAUGCCAGUCUACAAAAACAAUAAAGGACCUUGGUGGGGGAAGUCCACCUCAAAGAAACUGGAAGGGCAUCGCCAUUGCCUUGUUGGUCAUUCUGGUGGUUUGCUCCCUCAUCACCAUGUCGGUCAUUGUCCUCACACCAGCUGACUCUCAAGCUGGAAGCGACACCAAACUGACUGUGGAGGAUCUCUUUAAGCCAGAAUUCAAGGUCCAUGAGCCGAAGGCCAAUUGGAUCAAUGAUUCUGAGGUUAUUUACAGAAACAGCGACGGCCAUGUCAUCAAGUUCAACAUCCUCUCUAACGAAACCGAGAUUGUCCUCUCAAACACAACAUUUAUAAAUUUCAACGUGGCCAAGUACUCUGUGUCGCCUGACUUCAAGUAUGUUCUGUUUGCCUAUGAUGUCAAACAGGUUUACAGACACUCCUACAUGGCUUCUUACAGCAUCUAUAAUAUUCACACAAGGGAGGUUUGGGAGCUCGACCCUCCAGAGGUGGUGAACUCAGUCCUGCAGUAUGCUGCCUGGGGAGUGCAAGGCCAACAAUUGAUCUACAUAUUUGAAAACAACAUUUACUAUCAGUCUGAUGUGAAGAGUAACUCUCUAAGGCUGACAUCCUCAGGAAAGGAAGGAGUCAUAUUUAAUGGGAUUGCUGACUGGCUUUAUGAAGAGGAGAUCCUUCAGACCCACGUGGCCCACUGGUGGUCGCCAGACGGAGAGAGAUUGGCCUUCCUUGUGCUUAAUGACAGUCAGGUGCCUAACAUGGCUUUGCCACGAUUCACUGGCAUGACAUACCCCAAAGGAAAGCAGUAUCCAUACCCCAAGGCUGGCCAACCCAAUCCGGUUGUGAAGCUUUUUGUUGUCAACCUUUACGGGCCGACGCACACGCUAGAGCUCAUGCCUCCAGACAGCCUCAAACUACGGGACCAUUAUGUGACAAUGGUGAAAUGGAUCAGUAAGACGCAUACAUCUGUCAGAUGGUUGAACCGGGCUCAGAACAUCUCCAUUUUGACUGUGUGCGACACCACCACGGGAGCCUGUGUCACGAGACAUGAAGAAAAUUCAGAGCUCUGGCUUUCCAAACAGAACCAAGAGCCAGUGUUCUCUAAAGAUGGCAAAAGAUUCUUCUUGACUGUUCCAGUGAAACAAGGAGGACGUGGAGAGUUUCAUCACAUCGCUAUGUUUAAUACUCAGUUCAGAGCAGAUGAGAAUGAAGUCCGACAUUUAACAUCGGGAAACUGGGAGGUGACCAAAAUCCUUGGUUAUGAUGAAAACACUGAUAACCUUUAUUUUCUCAGCACGGAAGGCUCUCCACGAAGACGGCAACUUUACAGUGUGAAAACUGUGGGAUUGUUUCCACGAUGGUGUUUAACAUGCGAGCUGAAUAAGGCCCACUGUUUGUACUUUGAUGCUGUUCUCAGCCCAACGCACCAGCACAUUAUCCUCUACUGUAAAGGUCCUGGAACCCCAAUGGUGAUCUUACACAGUCUCAAUAGUUCAAAUUACUACAUUCUUGAGAGCAACUCCUUGCUGAAGACAGCCUUGAACUACAAAAGGAUCCAGCUGACUGACUUCAGGACUGUUUCAAUCGGACAUUUUGAUUUACCUUUGAAAAUCUCCUAUCCGCCUGACUUCUCGGAAUCUCGUCACUAUGGACUCCUCUUGGUAGUUGAUGGCUUCCCAGGUGGUCAGACUGUGAGUGACCGCUUUGCUCUCAGCUGGGACUCAGUGCUGGUCAGCUCAGACAACGUUAUUGUGGCUCGUCUCGAUGGGCGGGGUAGCGGUUUUCAGGGCCAGAGGGUCUUGCAUGAGGUCCACCAGAGACUGGGCACUGUGGAUGUUCAGGACCAAAUUGCAGCAGUGGACUACAUGAUAAGCUUUCCAUACAUCGAUAAAACUCGGAUAGCAAUUUUUGGAAAGGGUUAUGGAGCCUAUAUCGCAUUAAUGCUGCUUAAGUCUACGGACAGUGUCUUCAAAUGUGCAUGUGCAAUGUCCCCCAUGACAGAUUUGAAAUUGUAUGCAUCAGCCUUCUCGGAGCGAUACCUUGGCAUGCCUCUACGAGAUGACAGCAGAUACCAGUUCUCCAGCGUGCUGCAGAAUGUUCAUGCACUUCGAGACCAGACACUGAUGCUGGUGCACGGCACAGCAGAUGCCAACAUCCACUUCCAACAUACUGCUGAGCUUGUCAAGAACCUCGUGAAAGUUGGAGCAAAUUACUCAAUGCAGCUCUACCCAGACGAAAGCCAUUUCCUGUCUCAUCAAAGCAACCAGCACCUCUAUGCCACUCUUACGAGCUUCUACAGGGAGUGCUUGAAGGAGGAAUUACUUCCACUGAUUGAGGAGGAUGAAGAGGAGGAGGAGUAGGCAGAAGACCUUUUUGCAUUUGGACCAUAUUUUAGAGAUGGAGACGGACAGCAUAGUUUAGAGCUGCUCGUGUGUUAUAAAGGCAACACAUGGACACCUAGGAUGACAAUGACAUUUUUUAUUGCGAGGACUUGAGGUAGGAAAUGGUCUCUUAAAUAAUUUCAGUCAAAGCACACUGAACACUGUCCUCGUCUAUUGCGGGAUCACAUCAUGCUUUAGCAUUAUUACAGUUGCAUGGUUUUGUUCAUUCCCUUCACCCCCGGAGUCUUUUACGGUAACAUUUUGAGGACAACACGUCUUAACAUCCUCUGACCUUUUGGAUUUGUUGGAUUGCAACUAAAAUCUCUGGUGAAAAAUGAAAUACUAUUUUGGGGUCAGGAAGACUUGUAUGUGUAAAAUAUUUUAGCAGGACAAAUUACUCCUUCCAAAAGUCCUUCCUAACAUUGUUGGAUCGCUUCACAAAGUGUUUGACUUAAAUGAGAAAAAUAGAAAACUUAUACCUCACUAUUGAGCAAUGUUUUUCUCCUCAGAUAUUCUAUUCAUUUUUCAUGAGAGGAGGCUCGAUAUUGAUGCACGAAGAAAUGCUCCCCGGCCACUCAGAUCCUAAAUACAUAAGUGCAAUUCACUCCACCAUUGUACAUCAAAACAUUUUAUGUCACUACAAACACAACUAUGUCACAUUUAUUGUACAGGGGUUUUGUGUCGACAUGUAAAAUGCAUUAUAAGGUUCAACAUCCUGUAAUAUAUCUUGCUGGCGGUGGUAGUUUUCCAUUAGUAGUGUCACGUAAACCCAUGUCAACUCAGGUGUUUGAGAAAUAGACGCAGUUUAAGAUCUGAAAGAUAAAACUCUCAGUCUGCCGUAUGGUCUCUAUUACGUUUCUACAUGACGAUAAUAAAUAACAGGCCGUACAGUAAUAAUUAAUUUCACAAUAUUAUUUAAUACCAAUGCAGGCAGUGACAUCGCUAAAAUGGUGCAUAAUCUUUUUUAGGAUAUUCUCCAAAGACCUACUAUUUGAAAAUAUAUUACAAGUGAUCAAAUGGACUUUUUUGCAGAAUCGCUAAGGUGUUUGCAUGUCUCCAGAGAAUGUGUCAGGUUUUGCCACAUUUUGUACAGUACAAUACAGCAAAGUGUGUACAUAAAUAUAUUUUUGAGAUGUCUCGUAGAAAGUUGAGUCUAAAAGGAAUUCAUUGAUUUGACUUGGGUGUAUCGUGUGGUUAUGUUUCUAUUGUGUUUUAUCUCUACAAUAAUUCUUAGAAUGGAUUUUGUAAU